GGAGGAAUUUGUUUGAGUCCUGAAGUUUGAAGGGGGGAGUAAGAAAGAGUAGAGGGGCUCUGGUGAGGGAAGGUUGGGGUGUCUUGGGAAACGGCUUGAGGAAACAGGACUUCAAAAAUAGCUAACUAGCUCCUAAAAUAGCUACUUUUAACAACUUUUGAGGGGAAACUGGAAGACCGGGAGAACUAUAGUAAGCUAGUGUGGUUCCUGUGAGGGGUUUAUAGGUUAGGAGAAGUUUAAAAUAGUCUAGUUCACAGGGAACUUUAGUUUUUCUACCACUUGAGUUUUUGUUUAUUUGACAGAAACUGAGUAACUAGCUAAUUUACCUCAGCUGAAAGAGAACGACACCAGACUUCUCCGCUCCACAGCAUCAGGUUUCAAACUGUUUUUGAGGCAUUUUUUCUACUCGAAACCUGAAAAGGAGAACUCUGUGGCUGAAAGGAAAGUCUGCUGCUUAAACAGCAACAGCUUGAGCUAUCCUGUCUGAGGUUUAACAGUCUUUUUCAAGGUUUAAAACGUGAUUUGAAGUAUUGUUGUGUUGAAGCGAUGCGGUGACGGUGAGUCAUCGAGUAAACACCGCGAGCGCGCGAUUCCAAUACAACCAAACUAACGAACCGUCUCCAAGAAGUUCUCACACUGAGAGCAAAGAAGAUGAAGACCUUCGGAUUUCUCCUGCUUUUUCUCACCCUGGAGCUAACCACCGCUGAGAGUUUAUCAGGGCUGCAGUUUGUGGAGAGCCCAGCGAAUGUAACCUCGUCACUGGGGAAGCCGGUGGGCUUGCACUGCAUCCUGCAGGGUGACGGAGGUGACGAGGGCCCGCCGGACAUACUGUGGCUCAGAGAGGGCCAGGUGCUUGAAUUUGCAGACACCAAUCAGGUGCAGAUGCCCUUCAGUGACGACAACUGGAUGGUCAUGAGCACGCUCCGGAUUGAGGAGGUCCAGCUGUCGGACAUGGGCGCCUACCACUGUGCAGUGGUCAUAGGGACUGAAGAGGUGGUGUCCAUUAAAGGACACAUCCAAUUAGAAGGUCUUCCUCAUUUCUCAGUGGAGCCUCACCCCAUGACUGUAGUGGCUAAUGUUGGCCUGAGUCUGCAGUGCAUCGCCCACGGGCCCCCUGAGCCUGUAGAGGUCAUCUGGCUUCAGGACGGCGCCCCUCUCAACACACUGAACGACCCAGUGGCCCUGUCUCCAUCCACCCUCAACAUCACUGGAUUAAAUAAAACCAGCUCGUUCUCCUGCGAGGCUCAUAACCGCAAAGGUGUGGCAUCAUCAGGUUCUGGAGUCGUAACCGUCCUCCCUGCCCAGCCGCAGGAUGUAAAAGCUGUAGAGGUCACUAACGCCAGCAUUCGUUUGUCCUGGACUCCAGGAUUUGCAGGAAUUUACUCCAUCGCUCUCUGUACUGUUCAGUUAAGAGAGUCAGGAGAGGACUCCAUCUUGAAUCCAGAUCACAUGAUUCACAACCAGAACGUUAAUGUCCCACCUGCCAGUCAUCUGAUCUCUGACCUCGAGCCUUUCAGCCAAUACGACGUGAGAGUGGCCUGUCGGAGCAGCCAGGGAGUCUCUGAUUGGACUCAAUGGGUGACUAUCCGCACCAGUGAAGGAGUUCCAGACAGCCCACCGGUGAAUGUAACAGCAGUGCUGAACGGAACAGAGGUGCUGAUCAGCUGGGCUGAACCACCCGGCAAGAUGAACGGAGAGCUGCAGGGCUAUAUAAUCGAGUAUAGCACACCUAAUAUGGAACAGGUUAUGCUGGAUGUGGGAUUAGACAAUGAGCUGCCUAUCAACCUGUCCACCCCCCUGUCAAACAUCUCCUUCAGGAUGAGUGCUUACACAGGAGCUGGACAUGGACCAUGGACUCCACUCCAAAUACUCUCUCUAAUUCCAUCAGAAAUGUCACAGCCAUUACCUGUUGUUGACAACACUUCACCAGCGUUCUCCUGGCACUGGUGGUAUGUGGUCAUGGCCAUAUCUGUAGCCGUCGCUCUGGCAGUGCUGAUGGCGGUGUACGUGGCCAAGCUGCGGAGGAAGGAGACACGCUUCGGUGAGGCGUUUGAGCCAAUGAUGGAGAGUGGAGAGCUGGUGGUGAGGUAUCGAGCUCGCCGCACCUACAGCCGCCGCACCACUGAAGCAACACUGAACUCUCUGGGCAUCAGUGAUGAGCUGAAACAGAAACUACAGGACGUGAUGGUGGACAGACACAAGUUAACCCUGGGAAAGACACUCGGAGAAGGUGAAUUCGGCUCUGUAAUGGAAGGCCUGUUGUCUCAAGAGGAUUCUGUUCUAAAAGUGGCCGUAAAGACCAUGAAGAUUGCAAUCUGCACCCGCACUGAGAUGGAGGACUUUCUCAGAGAGGCGGCCUGCAUGAAGGAGUUCGACCACCAGAACGUCAUGAGGCUGCUAGGGGUGUGUUUGCAGACUGUAGAGAGUGAAGGUUAUCCCUCUCCUGUGGUGAUCCUGCCCUACAUGAAGCAUGGAGACCUACACAGCUACCUGCUCUACUCAAGACUUGGAGACAGCCCUGUAUAUCUGCCAUCUCAAAUGCUGGUGAAGUUUAUGACGGAUAUUGCACGAGGAAUGGAGUACCUGAGUGGCAAGAACUUCAUUCAUAGAGAUCUGGCUGCACGCAACUGCAUGCUGAAUGAGAACAUGAACGUGUGUGUUGCUGACUUUGGACUGUCUAAGAAGAUCUAUAAUGGAGAUUACUACAGACAAGGCCGCAUCUCUAAGAUGCCCGUCAAGUGGAUAGCCAUCGAAAGCCUGGCGGACAGAGUUUACACCACCAAGAGUGAUGUGUGGUCUUUCGGCGUGACGAUGUGGGAGAUAGCCACCCGUGGUCAGACACCAUACCCCGGAGUGGAAAACAGUGAGAUCUAUGAUUACCUGAGACAGGGCAACCGCCUCAAACAGCCGCCAGACUGCCUGGACAGCAUAUAUUCCUUGAUGUUCUCCUGCUGGCUGCUGAGUCCCAAAGACCGGCCGAGCUUUGAGAUGCUGCGCUGCGAGCUGGAGAAAGCCCUGGACGAGCUGCCUGACCCUCAGGACCCUGACGAGAUUCUCUACGUCAACAUGGAGGAGUCUUCAGGCGAGCUGGGAGCGGUGGGAGGCCGGGAUCCCGGCAUGGGGGGUCUCUGUCCCCUGGGGGCCCUGAAGGGCACAGACACUGAGGCUACUGUAGAGAUUCACCCUCCGAACCGAUACGUCAUCUGCCCUCAGCACGAGAGCCAGCGACUGCUCAGCGCGGAAUCGCUAGAGAGCCUGAACCUGUCAGGCUCCACCCCCACACUUUUACUACAACCGUCCUCACGCUCCACCCCCGUGCCCCCUGCGGAGAUCCAGCCCCCCGAGGAGAGAGACGUGUCCGGGGGGAAGCGAUUACCCUGGCAGUGAUGCUGGGACCAUGCUAGAACUUACAGAGGCUAGAAAACCAUGUUGGCGCUGUACUGCCUCUUGUGGAGAGAUUAGGUAUUGACCCUGUCCUUCUGCCCUUUGCACAUCCCCUCCACACUCAGUGGUGGAGCCACACACACUUUGCCACACACUCCCCCUGACAUUCCAUGUUGUAUUUUUAGGGAUUUGUAAAUAUUAUAGACCAAAAGCUUUUACUCAUAUAUGAUUUUUGAUGAUUAUUGGUUAUAAUAUAGGGAGAAAAUAGAUUAGCACAGUUUUCUAUGAGCUCCAUACCCCUGAUGAGUUGAAAUAUAGUAAAAAUGUAUGGUUGUAUAUAUGACUGAACAUCAUGACUCCUCCCACACACAUCAUGACCCCUCCCACACACUUCCACUGCAGCAUAAUGAGCCUAAGUGGGUUAAAACCUGGUUAAAGACAGUCGGCAUUAUCGUUUGAGCAGUAGAUAAAAGGCCAAGCCAAAGCCUACACACCGAACACACAGAACAUUUUGUUGUUUUGUUGUCUGCUGAUUCUCGGUAGUGCAAAGUAAUAUGUAAAAUAAGGUACUUUACAGGUACAUUUUUGUGGGCGGGAUUAAAUCACUCAUAUAUACACAGUCAGUGGGACUUGUUUGGGAAGCAUUUCAGAGUAAAAGUACUCAUCCAAGAUCAGAAUCGACUGAUUUAAUUCAGUGGACCUUCAGCAUUCGUCCUCUGAGAAGUUAUAUUUAGUAAAAUAUGGGUCAGUAGUCCACUACAACAUACAAAUACACACAUACACACAUUUAUCUUUCUACAUAAUGUGUUUGUGAAAGUCAUGCUGCAUUCCAUUUACUUCAUAAGUUGGAUGACGGAGCUAGGAAUGACACCACACCGUUAAAAAUGCAGAUAAUUGUACACAUUAUAAGAAACAUUUCUGACAUAUCCAACAGUUUACAGCUAAACACUGUGUAUCACAAUACAUUGAUACAAAUUGAGUUGUAUGCUAAUCAAACAAAAAUAUGGCCCCCUUUUUAUGCCCCAUGUUAUCAUUGUUAGCACUACCAGAUGAAAACACAUUACACAGUAUUUUGUACAUCCAAACACCACGAAAACAUAUCCACAGAAAUUGGAUAGUACAGUGUGUGUAUGAAUGAUUUAAUAAUACAAACAGACAGAUGUGCAGUACAGCCAAAAGUAAUUAAAUAAAAGAUUUUUAUAUAAAUAAUUUAUAUUAUUGUGUAAUAAAAGAUGAUUCCAGGUGUAGCAUUUCAAUUUGUACGCUGUGCGUGCUGUGAGCCCACAACAUGCAGUUAAAGGUGCUCUCAAUAGGCAAGGUAAAGUUUAUUAUAUAGCACCUUUCAUACACAAUAGUCAUUCAAAGUGCUGUACAAUUGAGAAAAUACAAAGAGAAGUCAAAUUACAAAAACGCGUAACAAUAAAAAUGGAAAUAAAACAAUAAAAUAAGAAUAAAGCAUGGAUAAAACAUGAUUCAGACUUCAUUGAAACAAAGAGAAAUCAAAUUAAAAACAUGAAAAAUAAUUAUUGUAAUUUAAGAAAAUAGUUUAAGAACAAUGUUAAAAGGAAAUGAAAAAAAGUAAAUAAAAUACAAGACAUUAUAAUUAAAAUAAUAUUCAAGCAAUGAAAAAUUAAGAACAAAAAGCAAUACUAACACUGUGCAAAGCAGAGCAAGUUACACAGUGUGGAAAGUGCAGCUAAACAGAUAGAAGUGAAACAGACCAUAAUUAGCCAGAAAAAAUAAGAAAUCCAUUAUACAGAUAGUGGAAAUGUUAGGAGUGGCCAAAUUAACAGUUUGGUACAUUCUGGAGGAAAAAGAGUGCAGUGGUGAGAUACAAGUGGAGAAUCAAAAAGUCCUGAACUUCCACAGAAGACAACAGUAGAAGUAGAAAAGAAAAACAUUCACAACUCUCCAGGAAGGAGGUGUAUCAGUAAUACAGAUAAUACAGAGAAUAAUACAGAGAAUGAAGAAACAAAUGUUCUGUAGAUAAAUGGUUGUAAUUUCUAAACACUUCAUAGGAUAUUUUUGUUCAGCCUCUUGAGUCAAAAUUGAAAGUUUACACUUCAACCACAUCUCAUUUAUUUCCAUUCAAAUCCGGUGUGGUGGCAUGCAGAGCCCAAAUCAUUAAGAUUGUGUCACUGUAUGAAUAUUUUGGCCUAGCUGUACUUGGAACUUCAGUUCAGUUCAGAUGGAAUGCAGCAUUACUUAAUAGAUCAGUCAUAAUUAGUCACACAACCAUAUUCAAUAAAGUACAUCAGAUCAGUGUUCUUCAGACAAGCUAGUUAGCCUGAUGCUAGCUUAGAUAAACACACAUGAAUCACACAUGCAUUAGCAACAAACUCAGGUGGUACUAAAACUCUCCAAACAUGGAGAGUCUCAGCUUUUCCUCUCGCCAGCCUAUCACUGCCAUUCUAGAUUAGAAUCAAGGCGCUUGUUGGCUAAAAGACUUGGUCAAGUCAAGUCACCAAGCUUUACGAUUUUUUUUUUUUUUUUUUUACAGUUUUUGAUAUAUAUGUAAUAGAGAAUUUUCAAGUUUGGCCUUCUGGAGACUGUUCAGCUCAACCUAUCCGUCCACAAAUAGUUGAGACAACUUGAAGCACUUCUGUUUAAAUGAUUUAAAAAAAUAACAGCAAAAGGGAAAUAAAUGCAAGGCCUAGUUUGUUGGAGAAAUCUAAGUUAGAAAGUGUGAAUUGGGUAAACUACCGUAGCUCAGUCAAAAUACACUGCUGAUUAUCCGUCACUCUACCUGACUGUCUGUCUAUCAGUAGAACAGAGGCAUUCUGGAUGGUUAACCCGUAACCAUCCCGUAUUGAAAAAGGUACAAUAUUUCUAAACAGGUCACCUCAGUUAAGAAAAGGUUGCCGCUGUCCUCAGUCUGAUCUGAGACCAGUUCUAUGGUUUCUGUAACAGCAGUUAAUAGUGAGAGUAAGCUGGGUGCCAAAUCAGCCUCAGAAGGCCAGAAGGCGAAACAUGGCGGGACACACCGGGCCUCUGCUGUUCCGCAGAGCCGCGACUUAAGCACAGUAUUACUUGUUGUUGUUGUUGUUGUUUUUUUGGUUUAGUUUCGUUUUUUUGUAUAUAUAUAUAUAUAUGGACUCUUUGCACUAAUCAUUUUCUACUUUCAUCUUUUGUGUUUUUAUUUAUUUUUUUGCUUAUACAAAUGUUGAAAUUGUAAUUUCAUGCUAGAGGUCUGCACUCCCGCGGGA